AAAAACUUGGCUUUAUUAUACACCAAUUUUGUUAUCAACAGUAGCGGCACAUCACUAUAGUUUCGUUAAAAAAAAAAGUCAUGGUUACGGUUAUGUGUCAAAUGACUCAAAUGUCAAUGGCCGCUUUUUGUGCUCAAAAUUGCAUUUGCAAAUUAUAAAGUAUCAGUAGUUGUUGGCUGUUUUUGUGAACCAAUUGCCAGUGCCUUAUACGAUUCAUAAUGGAGGAGUUGCACUCGUGUAGCUGCUGCCUGGUGCGGCCGCCGGACAAGGGCCUCAAGACUAUGUAUAAACAUCUUGGCAAAACAGAGAUAUACUACGACAUGCUGAGAGACUGCUUUAAUAUAAAUCUAGGUAUGGGGAAUGACGAGUGUGGGAUCUGCGAGGUGUGCGUGGGGCGGCUGCGGGACGCGAGCGACUUCAAGCUGCAAGUGCAGCGCAGUCAGGCCGAACUGCAAGCGCGGCUUAUGGGAGUGAUCACUGCUAGUAAUAAGUUAAAAAUCAAGUUGGAAAAAGCUCCUGAAGAUGAAACAAUUAUACGCGAUAUCAAGGUGGAGAAGUCCGAGAUCGAGAUGGCAGAUGGCGAGAUCGUUUCAGUUUCAGUUGCCAUACAAGAGGGACCGCCAGUACCUUCAGCGAAACCCGUUGUUAGCACGUCCAACCCCAGUCCGUCUGCGCCCGAUACGACCCUCACCAACCUCGACAGGUCCGGGUCGGCUCCGGCUUCCAGCUACCCUAAAGAACACACGUGCGACAUAUGCCAAAAAACCUUCGACAACCCAAAUGCCAAGUCCAAACUUGUAAUCCAUCGCCGCUCCCACACAGGGGAGAAGCCUUACGCGUGCAAUGUAUGCGGCAAAAGAUUUAUACAAAAAUACCACUUAAAGACUCAUUACGCACUCCACAUGGGAAUGUUUAAAUUCUCCUGCGAAGUAUGUAACAAACGAUUCCUACAUAAAAACCAAUGGAUCGUACAUAUGCGGACUCACACUGGUGAAAAACCGUAUACAUGCGAUAUGUGCAAUAAAAAGUAUAGACAUAGAAGCCACUUAACGUUUCAUAGAAAAAGUCAUUUCGAAUCUGAUCCUGUGGACAAAAAGUACGGUUGCGAUGUUUGUGGGAAACGGUUUGCACUACAAGGGAAUUUAUUUAAACAUAAGGAACUACACGAAGAAAAGGAAAAGGAAGAAAAAGAAGAAAAACAGGAGGAUCCAAAGCCAUAUGAGUGUGAAAUAUGUCACAAACGAUUUGCAUUAGUAGGUAUCUUAAAAAGUCAUAAAGAAAUCCAUACUGAAGAAACACCUUUCGAAUGCGAAGUAAAUCUCGAUCUUAUGUUCUGA